GGGACGCUCGUGGGCCGGGUCUCCCUGGCAACCACUUGCUCCGCCCCCUCCGCCCCUUUAACCUUUAGGGUGCGCGGUCGUCGCGUCCCUCGUACUCUCUCCCCUGUCCCCCUCCCCUCACCCCACCCCCUUCUCUAGGGACUCUCCGAGCCGGAAGCGAAGAUGGCGGCCGUAGCGGCGUCUGGCGCGGCUUCGGCGGAACUGGUGAUCGGCUGGUGCAUAUUCGGCCUUUUACUACUGGCUAUUUUGGCAUUCUGCUGGAUAUAUGUUCGUAAAUACCAAAGUCAACGGGAAAGUGAAGUUGUCUCCACCAUAACAGCAAUUUUUUCUUUGGCAAUUGCACUUAUCACAUCAGCUCUUCUACCAGUGGAUAUAUUUUUAGUUUCGUACAUGAAAAAUCAAAAUGGUACAUUUAAGGACUGGGCUAAUGCUAAUGUCAGCAGACAGAUUGAGGACACUGUAUUAUAUGGGUACUAUACUUUAUAUUCUGUUAUAUUAUUCUGUGUAUUCUUCUGGAUCCCUUUUGUCUACUUCUACUAUGAAGAAAAAGAUGAUGAUGAUACUAAUAAAUGCAAUCAAAUAAAAACGGCAUUCAAGUAUACUUUGGGAUUUGCUGUGAUUUGUGCACUUCUUCUUUUAGUUGGUGCUUUUGUUCCAUUGAAUGUUCCCAGUAACAAAAAUUCUACUGAGUGGGAAAAAGUGAAAUUCCUGCUUGAAGAACUUGGAAGUAGUCAUGGUUUAGCUGCGUUAUCAUUUUCCAUUAGUUCUUUGACUUUAAUUGGAAUGUUGGCAGCUAUAACUUACACAGCAUAUGGCAUGUCAGCAUUACCUUUAAAUUUGAUAAAAGGCACUAGAAGCGCUGCUUAUGAACGUUUAGAAAACACUGAAGAUAUUGAAGAAGUAGAGCAGCAUAUUCAAGCAAUCAAGUCAAAAAGCAAAGAUGGUCGGCCUUUGUCAGCAAGGGAUAAACGAGCCUUAAAACAAUUUGAGGAAAGGUUACGGACACUUAGGAAAAGAGAGAGGCAUUUAGAAUUCAUUGAAAACAGCUGUUGGACAAAAUUUUGUGGCGUUCUUCGUCCCCUGAAGAUCAUUUGGGGGAUAUUUUUCAUCUUAGUUGCAUUGUUGUUUGUAAUUUCUCUCUUCCUGUCAAAUUUGGAUAAAGCUCUUCAUUCAGCUGGAAUAUAUUCUGGUUUCAUAAUUUUUGGAGCUAAUAUGAGUAAUCCACUGAACAUGCUUUUACCUCUACUACAAACAGUUUUUCCUCUUGAUUAUAUUCUUAUAACAAUUAUUAUUAUGUACUUUAUUUUUACUUCAAUGGCUGGAAUUCGAAAUAUUGGCAUAUGGUUCUUUUGGAUUAGAUUAUAUAAAAUCAGAAGAGGUAGAACCAGGCCCCAGGCACUAUUAUUUCUCUGCAUGAUACUUCUGCUUAUUGUCCUUCAUACUUCAUAUAUGAUAUAUAGCCUUGCUCCCCAAUAUGUUAUGUAUGGAAGCCAAAAUUAUUUAAUAGAGAAACCAAGACUAAGACCGUUAGUGAAGACAAAUGGUUAUUUUGAAAAAAUGUCUGAGAUAAUUUCUCAGAUGGUUGAUCAAUGCACUGUUACCCGUACAUACCUGUUUCUUCACAAGUUCUGGUUCUUUAAUGCUGCAUACUAUUUUGGUAACUGGGCCUUUCUUGGGGUAUUCUUAAUUGGAUUAAUUGUAUCCUGUUGUAAAGGGAAGAAAUCAGUCAUUGAAGGAGUAGAUGAAGAUGAUUCAGACAUAAGUGAUGAUGAACCCUCUGUCUAUUCUGUUUGACAGCCUUUCUAAAGGUUUUUCAAGUCUGACUGAAUAUCUGUUAAACAUUUUUAAUGUGUUAAAUUAGGACAAACCAACUAGCUUUCAUUAAAAAUGGGAGCAUGAUCAUUAAAAAACUAUAUUUUUAUGUAUGUUUUCUGAAGUAACAGUAUUGUAUCAUAGAUAAGCAUUUAAAAUUGCUAAAAUAAUACUAUGUAAAUACAAAACUACCAGCUUUGUGAGGAGAUGUUUGUGAAUGUUUGUUUUCUCUAAUGUAUAAUAGUGUUGAAUUGAUUAAAUGUCUUCCAGAAUUAA